AUGGAAUCUCCAGACACUGUCCAAUCAGAUUUAGAUGAAAUCGAAGAAGUUCGAGCAAAAAUUCAACUUAAAGAGAAAGACGCUAAAGCAUGCUACGAAAGUUCAGAAGCCAGAAAACUACUAUACGGGAAAUUAAUUGCCAAACUGAGAGCUGAAAAUAAAGAAAAGAGAGUGCAACUAGCCAACAGUGUGAAAGGAGAUGAAAAAGUCAUACGAACAGUGUUUAACAAUAGGCGGGAAGCGCUUUUGUCUAUGCAGAGAUGUUCAAUUGGUGAAGCUAUAUACAACCUGGACCAGAAGAUAUGCAAAGCCAAUAAUCGGCGGAACAAAGCACAAUUCCAGCUGACGGAACGAGAGGGACGAUGUCAAGAAAUGGAAAAAACACUCAACAUAAUGAAGCAAAUAGAUGCACAAGAAGCAGACUUUGAAAGAAAGCGAGAAAUCAGAAGAUUACAAAACGAUAUAGAUAAAGCCAAAAUCAAAUAUGAGGCUGCAAGGAACAUUACUAGGCGAUACGAAGAGAUCAUGCGCUAUAUGGAAGAGGAGAGCCGUUUGUACCCAGCACGCCUUGACAAACUGCAGUCAUUUGUGGUUCGUGCCAAACGGGAGCUUUCAGAGCUACGUCACGUGAUUGAGAAGGCAUUAUAUAGCAAAGAGGAAGCGAAGAUAGAAUUGCACAUUAUGGAACGGGACACCUACCAAGCGAAGAAAGCGCGAGACGCCCAACUCAAUGAAGCAAAAAGGGAGGUGGAGAAACGAAAAGAGCCAGUGGUCGAACGAGCAGAGAAGAGAGCUAAAGUGAACAUUAUUAUGGAUAGUGCAGAUUUAAAACCAGUGAAGUCUCCUGUGGGUAAGAGGUCUGAUAGACAGGAACAUCUUUUGACACUAAAUGAAGGAAUCGAGAAAAUCAAGAGAGCCUUUAAUGUGUCAGACAUCAAGGAUAUAGUGUACAGAGUCACAGACCAGGACUCCACUCACAGAAGAUUGAUUCAACAGCAGAAAGAAAAACAAAAUGUCAAAGCCCGACUCCAGGAAGAGCGUGAGAAACUUAAUAAACUCCUGGAUGAGAUGAAGUACACAAGUCAAAGGCAACUCGCUAGGGGAAGAAAAAUGGUGGAAGAGCUGCAGGAAUUUGUUGUCAGCGAGGAAAAAAUGUAUACAGAGUCCAUGGAAGAGGCGCGGACCAACGAAAAAUUACUCAUUGAUUUGCAAUUUGGAAUAAACACGCUAUAUGACAAACUAAGUGAAGUCAAACUCAAACCACCCUACCACAACUACAGCAAAGGAGAUCCAGUCGAUGAUUUGGCGAACUGCUCUCGAAAAUUGGAAUUGUUAGUUCGAGAGCAGGCAGAUAUACCUAAACUCUCCAAAGCAUCAGACCAAUUCAAACUUCAUGCGUACUUGGAAAGUCAGCUUUCUCCCGAGAACUUCAGAAUCCGAAUAGACCCAGACGAUGGAAGUGACGACGAUGCAUUCCAGUACGAUGGUGGUCAAGAUAAUGAGGGUCAUUUGACAAGGGAUGACAUUAAAAGAUUAGGAGACGAACUACUGAAUUCCAAGUUACAACCAAAGAAGAAAAAAGGAAGAAAGCAUCGGAAUUGAUAUCUUCAGUCAUAUACCGUAGAAAAAACAGAAACUGUGAUCCGAGUAUAGUUUUAUUUUAUAUAAAUCCUAUACACGAAUAGUCAUUUGAUAUAGUAUCAGUUUUGUAAUAGAUCUGGUUAAAUGAAUAUCAAGGAUCAUGUGAAUAUUGGACAUAUCGUUAAUUGUUUUAUCAUUUUGAAGUAAUGCACUAAAUUAAAGAAAAUGCAAGGCAACAAGUGAUCAACAAUUUCUCUAACACAAAGCACAUAAUAAAAACAGGAAAUGUUUUUAAAGGCUAUAUAUAUAUUAUGUAAAUCAAAUUGAACAUGACAAUCAGAGCACCACAUGGUAAAACGGUCACUCUAAUGUGUGAAGUGGUUGAGCAUCAUUCCUAAUGGUACGUCGGGUCGGUCGUUUCGUGCCUGGUCUAGUUGGCUUUUUUAACACGUUUAAUUUUUCUCCAGGAGGCACCAUUAAAGUUAAUCUAUUGCUGUAAA